CCUGCGAUCCUUUCCCAAGCCCCUGGGGUCUCCCCAAGAAUGCCUAGCCUGUCCUCUGUGGGGUGGGGUGGGGUGGGAUCUCCCUCAUCCCAGCUGGUCCCUCUGGGGGCUCCCCGUCCUCCCCAGCCUUCCUAGGGUCUCUCUUUUCUCUUCUGGCUCCAGUUUCUACCGCAGUGUCCAGGACUUGACUGGAGGCCCUGGUGCUCAUGAGCCCCAGCCUGGCAGCCAGGCCCUAUCUGAGCCCCUCGCCCCAAAGAGUCCCAGGACACAAACACAGGUCUCCCAUGGGGAGACUUUUGCUUUCCCUGGGCCUGGAGGCCCACCCCUGCAGAGGAUCCGCUCCACGUCCACACCCAACGUGCACAUGAUCAGCACCACCAUGCCGGUGGACAGCAGGCUCAUACAGCAGGCAGCCCAGGCCUUUGCUGCUGAAGGAACAGUGGGGGAGAGGACCCCCCAAGGCAGUCCUGGCCCCAGCCUCGUGUCCCCCCCUGGAAGGAAAUCCCCACACCCCAAGUUCUCAUCAGAGCCCCUUGAGCGCAAGCCCUCAGCUUCAGCUGAUGAUAAGAAGAAAGUGAAGUCUCUGGGCUACCGAGACUCAGGCUACUAUUGGGAGGUAGCCCCAGGGGAGGUGCAGCUGCUGAAGCGGAUCGGGACAGGCUCAUUUGGGACUGUGUUCCGUGGGCGAUGGCAUGGGGACGUGGCUGUGAAGGUGUUAAAGGUGGCGCAGCCCACAGCUGAGCAGGCCCAGGCCUUCAAGAAUGAGAUGCAGGUCCUCAGGAAGACUCGCCACGUGAACAUCCUCUUGUUCAUGGGAUUCAUGACAAGGCCUGCCUUUGCCAUCAUCACCCAGUGGUGUGAGGGUUCCAGCCUCUACCACCACUUGCAUGUGGCUGAUACUCACUUUGAUAUGGUACAACUCAUCGAUGUGGCCCGGCAGACAGCUCAGGGCAUGGAUUAUCUCCAUGCCAAGAACAUCAUUCACCGAGAUCUCAAAUCCAACAAUAUCUUUCUGCACGAGGGGCUGACGGUGAAGAUUGGAGACUUUGGGCUGGCCACGGUGAAGACGCGAUGGAGUGGUGCCCAGCAAGUUGAGCAGCCCACUGGCUCUGUGCUCUGGAUGGUG